AUUUCUGGUCAUUGUGACCAUACAAUCAGCCUUGCACCUACAUGUGUUUGUAGACACACCUAUUGUGUCUGUCAUUUUAUUUUUUACAGAGUGCCUCCGUGACUUGCCUCUUCAUCUGACAUUAGAAGGAAACAAACUGUGCCAAGACUUGGACUCAGACCCUAUUUCCACUCAUCUAAAAGCAUCCUUCACAGUGACUUGCUGCUUGGAACAGAUAUUCAACCAUUGCCCUGAUGAAGUUAAAGCAGGUGCUCCAUCUUAAUCAAGAGAGGGAGCUGUGGACGGAGACAGAGGAGAGGGUGCACAUGAGGACUGAGAAGAAGCUCGUGGCUUUCUGGACGUCCUUGUCCCACCGGACUUUUACUCUUUUUCGGCCACGUGAGCGACCCGGCUUCCAGCGAUCGGCCUCGGCUGCCCGGCUACUCAAAAGUGAAGCGUGAAGCGUGUGUGUGUGGGGGGGCGCUUGUGUGUGUGUAAUGUGUAUGUUUGAGGCAGAGGGCUCCGUUUUCCUGGCCGACCUAACUACUGUGCAGUGCACUCUUUAAAUCUACGUGGAGGCAGGUUUGUUAGCCGCCUCCAUUUGCCAUCAAUCAAGGCAACUCCUUUCAUUCCCUUUAAAUGUAGCGCGCUCUCAUCUUGUAUGAAGACAUCUCAAUGUGAAAAAUUAUGCAAAAAAGUACAAUCUGGACUGGAACAAUGUCACUGAGCUUAGCCUGUGUGGCAGCAGGCGACAUAUGAGUAACCUCAUUAAAUAAACUUGUGACAUGCACGUACGUGUCCGCAGAGCUCAGAGUUUGUGUGCCUAUACUGCAAUCAAAUUCCCCAAAACUGCGUAAGACCACCUGCGCGGGCAUAUCCUCAGACAACCGACUUUCUGUCAACAAAUUGUCAUUCGGGCCUAUCUUCAAGGGCACACCUCACCAAAGGUGACAUGUCCAAAUUCCCAACCAGAUACAACGAAGCUUAUGCUUGCACAAAAAUCAAGACACGGCAGCAUUUCCACAAGUGCGAUAGACUAAAAUAGAGCCCAGAGUGUGAAUGAAUGAGUGAGUGUGCGUGAUGCCUUCCAGACCUGCUGUCAUCUGUCAUGCAGGUUGUGUCUGUGUCUGAUUCAAAGUGGUUAGUGGCAUUCCUCCAAUGUCUCCAAAAUUGAUUUUGAGUGUCAGAGCUGUUUCCUGGAUAUGAGAUGAGAACUCUGACAGCAACAAAGCAUCACUUGGAGUGAAGGAUAUUUCUUAUACAGUCCUAAUUGUGUUUGCUCAAGUGGAGAUGGAUAUUUGAGUAUAACAAUUUGGAAACUAAUUCCAUAAAGCCUAAGAGAAGAUCUUAAAUGAAGAAUGGGCUAACAGGGACCAGUCAUGGUGGUGACUCAUCUGGCACUUGAGCUGUGUUUCCAGAGAACGAAGCUGAGAGGCUUCACCUAUUUUUGUAGCACUGGGUGGUGUUUCAAGAAAUUUCCGAGGUUUUUAUCUUGGUUCCAGCCCUGGUGGGACUGAAGGGGAAUUUGGAGAUGACAUUGGCAUCCAGACUGUCAACAGCAGCCAACACAGGGCAGCUGGAGGAGCCUCAGCAGCAGCGGAGGAUAGUUCUCUGUAAUUUAGCUCUCAUCCAGGUCCAGGCCACUAUUGUCGGCUUCCUGGCUGCGGUGGCAGCGGUGAGUCUCAGUGGUCUGAGCAGAGGUAGUGUGGAUGUUGUCCACACUGCAAUCCUGUGUGCCAGCAGUAUUACCACUGCCUUUAUUGCUGCACUAUCUCUAGGCCUCGUUAUGGUGGCUGUGAUCAUUGGCUCCAGGAGAAUGGGUGUCAACCCAGAUAACAUUGCCACACCCAUUGCUGCCAGCUUGGGUGACAUCAUCACUCUGUCUUUGCUUGCUGGGGUCAGCAGUUUUUUCCUCUACUGCAAAGACAUGUGGUACCUGCCCAUUGCGGUGUGUGCCCUUUUCCUUCUUCUUGCUCCACUAUGGGCCCUCAUCGCCUGUCAGUCUCCACCAAUCAGAGAGAUCCUGAAGUCAGGCUGGCAGCCAGUAAUUUUGUCCAUGUCUGUCAGCAGCAUUGGUGGUCUCAUUCUAGAUAAGACAGUGAGCAAUCCAAACUUUGAAGGUAUGGCAGUUUUCACCCCAAUCAUCAAUGGUGUUGGAGGAAAUCUUGUAGCCAUCCAGGCCAGCAGGAUGUCCACUUACCUUCACUAUAGGAGCGUUCCUGGAGCUAUGCCAAUCAAAAUCACCACGAGCUGUUCUGGACCCUAUGCUACGUUCUGCUCCUCAGAUGUGAAUUCCAAAUCAGCUAGAGUCCUGGUCAUCCUUGUAGUACCAGGUCACCUUCUCUUCCUAUACAUGAUUCAUCUUCUGCAAGCAGGGCACACAGUCAUGACAGCUGCUUUCAUCGUUUGUUACCUGUCGGCCGCGCUGCUUCAGGUGGUGAUUCUCCUCUAUGUAGCCAACGUGAUGGUGAGCUGGCUGUGGCAGAGGGGCUUGGACCCAGACAAUUUCUCUAUCCCUUACCUGACAGCACUGGGUGACCUGCUGGGAACGGGGUUUCUGGCCCUCAGUUUCAGACUGAUUCGGAGCAUAACCUUCUGAAGGUUCAAAGUUUGAACACAGUAUUGAGAACUAUAUGCUCAUUUUGAUUAAUUAGUGAGGUAUCGUCAUGCAAACAUUGUCAUGACGCAAUCUAUCCUUUAGCAGAAUUCGUGUUCUGUAGUUUUCUUUGACAACAUUUUAUUAAUCAUAUAGAUAGCAUUUAUUGUCCCGUAGGGAAAAUCAUUUUUACAGUCGGUCAUCACCAAAUAUGUAUUGACUUUGGUAAAGCUAUUAAUAUCAAAUAUAUCAAUAGAUUUCAAAUAUAAAGGCCUGGUCACAUAAAUACUAAAGCUAUGUAGGCUACUUGCAGACUUUGUUGAUAAAUUAUACUGUAUCAGUAUAGAAGUGUGAAACUAGUUACAUGUAUCGCAUUCAUGAAGUUUGUAUUUAUAAGGUUUGAAAUGGAGGGAAUGGAUAAAAAAUUAACUUUUUAUGGAUAUGAAUGAGCCGCUGUAAUACACUUUCAUUGAAAUUCUUGUGUAAGGUGUUAGAACGGUUACAACGGUGAUGUCACACUGUUUUCGAUAAUUGACUUUGGGUAAUAGAUGGAUGCCAUAGCCAACUAAUGUACAUUAGUCCCUGGAUUUUACACCUUUUGUCAGGUCUCACAUUAACUAGCAAAUGUUUUUAGUCGGAGCAUAACUAUAUUGUAAGUACUGUAUAUGUCAGUUGCUGCAAUGCAUAUGUGUUUUCAAUAGUUCUUUGUUUCCAGACUCAGAGAUGGGUUCUUGAUAUCUAUAAAGAGACCUAAUAUGAAUGUCAAGUUAAUAUUAAUUUGCUGUUUAUCAGUAUGUUACAUGACGUCUGAAAAGUGAAACUGUUUAGAUAUGACUUCAAAAGAAGAUGAGCUGACAUGAAAAAUUUGUGGGUAAAAGAAAAAUGUGCAAUGUUCUAUGUUUUGCUUGAGAUACAAAUGCAAAUACUGUAUCGGAAAUUAAAAGCAGACAUUUCUAUUAAUGGCAAGCCCCAAUUUUUUUCAGACUACAAGGUAGAAAAAAUUAGAAUCACCGUUCCAAUACCUUUGGAAAGAAUGUACAGUAUACAGAUUCUGUGCAA